AUGGACGACGAGCCGCCGCCGCCGCCGCCCGGAGCCGCCUCCGGAGCAGGACGGAGGACGCCGGGAACCCCGAGGCCGCCGCCGCCGCCCCCUCCGCCGCCCCCUCCGCCGCCCCCUCCGCCUCAGAACGGUAAGCCCGAGGGGAGAAGGAAAAGGGGGCGUGGGGGGAGCAAGGGGGGAGAAAGCAAGGGGGAUAAACAAAGGGGGGAAAGGAAGGGAAAUGGGGAAAGCGGGGGGGGGGGAGCAGAGGGAGGGGGAUAGGAAAGGGGGGGAGGGGAAAAUAACGGAAAAGGGGAAAAGAAAGAGGGAUACAUAAAGGGACAAAGGGAGGGGAAGAGAGAAAAGGAAAUAAAGGGGGAAAUGGGAAAAGCAAGGGGGGGAAUAAAGGGGUGAAAUGGAAAACGGGGGGGCGGGAAGCAAGGGGAGGGAGGAAAGAAGGGGGAAGGGGAGAAAUAAAGGGGCAAAGGAGGGGGAAGAAGGAAAAGGAAAAAAAGGGGGAAAGGGGGAAAUGGGAAAAACAAGGGGGGAGGGGAAAGCAAGGGGGAGGAGGGAGAAAAGGGGGAAGGGGGAAAAACAACGGAAAAGGGGAAAGAAAAAAGGGAUCAACAAAUGGGGGAAAAGGGGAAAAAGAAGAAAAAGGAAAUCAAGGGGGGGCAAAAAGGGAAAGGUAGAAAAGAAGCAGAAAAGGGGAAAACGAGAAAAAGGGGGGGGAAGGGAAAUAAUGGGGGAAAGGGGGGAAAGGGGAAUAAGAAGUGGGGGAAAGGGAAAAAAGAAGAAAAGAGAAAAAAAGGGGAAGGGGGAAAAGAAGAAAGGGAAUAACGGGGGAUAAAGGAAAUAAAAGGGGGGAAAGAGAGAAAAUAAAGGGGAGAAAAAGGGAAAAAAGAAAAGGGAAAAACGGGGAGGAGGGGGAGAAAAAAGGGGGGAAGAAGAAAGGGAAAAACAAGGGCAAUAAAGGAAAUAAAGGGGGGAAAUGAAAAAUGAAGGAAAGGGGGGGAAAGAUAAAAGGGGGAAGGGAAAAACAAGGGGGAAAUAAGAAAGGGGGAAUAUAAAAAAGGGGAAAUGAAAAAAUGGGGGGGGAAGCUUUCAUUUCAAGAAAAAGGAAAAAAGUGUUCCCCUUUGUUUCUAAUCAUCAAUGGUUACAGUAUCAUAACAUUUUUAUCUUGUUAUUGUAACAUUGUAAUAAUAUUUGGUUGUUACAACAUAAUAAUAACAUAAUUUCAUUGUGAAUUGUUUUGUUUCUGCAGACCGCAAGCCAAGUGACACGCGAUGGGAUGAUAUUGGGAAGGAGGGUAUGGGAAGAAUAUUGUAUCAUUUGAAUAUUACAAUACAGUGGUACCUCGGGUUACAUAUGCUUCAGGUUACAGACUCCGCUAACCCAGAAAUAGUACCUCAGGUUAAGAACUUUGCUUCAAGAUGAGAACAGAAAUUGCACAGCAGCGGCACAGCAGCAGCGGGAGGCCCCAUUAGCUAAAGUGGUGCUUCAGGUUAAGAACAGUUUCACGUUAAGAACGGACCUCCGGAAUGAAUUAAGUACUUAACCCGAGGUACCACUGUAUUAGAAAAUUGUAAGGGAUUUUGCUGGCUCCCCCCCACCCCCAGAAAAAAAGAUUGGCGGAUGGAAGAAAGGGGGACCUUCAUUUAUAACAAGAAAUCAUGGUAAUAUAAUAUAAAAAUAUGUAAAGCAGAAUAUGGAAACGUAUAGAAUUAGAAUAUUGUAAUAGAUUUGGGGGGCCCGCAAAAUAUUGGCCGGUGAGUGGAAGAAAGGGGGGCCUUCGUUUAUAACAAGAAAUAAUGGUAAUAUAAUAAUAAUAAUAAUAAUAAUAAUAAUAAUACAGUGGUACCUCGGGUUACAUACGCUUCAGGUUACACACUCCGCUAACCCAGAAAUAGUGCUUCAGGUUAAGAACUUUGCUUCAGGAUAAGAACAGAAAUUGGGCUCCGGCGGCACAGUAGCAACAGGAGGCCCCAUUAGCUAAAGUGGUGCUUCAGGUUAAGAACAGACCUCCGGAACGAAUUAAGUACUUAACCCGAGGUGCCACUGUAUUGAUAAUACUUCAUUAUUUGUACCCUACCCAUCUGGCUCCGUUUCCCCAGCCGCUCUGGGUAGCUUCCAACAAAGACCAAAAAUACACUAAAAUGUCACACCUUAAAAACUUCCCUGAACAAUAUAAUAUAAUUAUAAUAUAAUAUGAUGGAGAAGUAGAAUUUGGAAAUGUAUAGAAUUGGAAUAUCCUAAUAGAUUUGGGCCCCACCAAAAAAAUUGGUCGGUGGAUGGAAGAAAGGGGGACAUUAUAGAUACAACAUCAUAAAAUUAUUAUGUUAUUAUAUUGUCAUGAUCCACUUCCUUUCUAUACCGCUGUAUAAAAAUCACAAAUAAUUGAAGUAUCACUAUAUAAUAUAAAACUAUCUCAUUAUUAUAUAAUCUGUAAUAAUAGAUAGAUAAUUUUGUAUUAUAAUGUAAUAUAAAACUAUUUUAAUAUUAUAUAAUUUACAAUAACAGAUGCUUUAGUAUUAUAAUAUAAUAUAAAGCUAUAUUAUUAUAUAAUCUAUAAUAAUAGAUAGUUUGUAUUAUAAUAUAAAACUAUCUUGUUGUAUAAUCUGUAAUAAUAGAUAUUUUUCUAUUAUAUUAUAUUUCAAUUUAAUCAGUAUGUAAACUGUACGCUCUAGAAUAUCGUACUGCAUACAUAUGGCUCCCCCCUUUAUCGUUAAUAACGAUAAAUAAUUGCAACACCCUAAUUUUACAGUGGUACCUCGCAAGACAAAUGCCUCGCAAGACAAAAAACUCGCUAGACGAAAGGGUUUUUUGUUUUUUGAGCUGCUUCGCAAGACGAUUUUCCCUAUGGGCUUGCUUCGCAAGACGGAAACGUCUUGCAAGUUUGUUUCCUUUUUCUUAACACCGUUAAUACAGUUGCGACUUGACUUCGAGGAGCAACUCAUAGAACAGCGGUGUGGUAGCCUUUUUGAGGUUUUUAAAGACUUUGGUGAUUUUUGAAGCUUUUCCAAAACUUUCCCGACACCGUGCUUCGCAAGACGAAAAAAACCGCAAGACGACAAAACUCGCGGAACGAAUUAAUUUCGUCUUGCAAGGCACCACUGUAUUAUUUUAUUCCCGUUCGUUUCUAGACCGGUCUAUGUCUUUUUUUAAAUUAAAAAUCUCAAGGUGGUUUACGGUGCAUGAAAACGUUGACAUUGCGGGAAGGUGUCAAUGUUCCUAAUGAUCAAUAAUUAUAAUUUAUAAUUAAUUAUACAGAGAAUGAGAAUAUCAUAAUAAUAGAUCUGGCUCCCGCGCCAAGCAGCUCCAUGUAUAACUGUCAUUUUAUAAAAUAAGCCUACAUUUGCAUAUCCUCCAUCCUUUCUCUCACGAAAAUCGGGAUGUCCUGUUCAAUGAUAAUAAUAAUAGUAAUAAUAAUAAUAAUAAUAGUAAUAAUAAUAAUAAUAAGUUUAAUAAAAUAAUAAAUAAGUUUAAUAAAAUAAAACUGCCACAGACCCUCCAGCCUUUCUCGGAUGAAAAUCGGGACAUCCUGUUCCAUAAUAAUUUCCAUAAAAUAAGUUUACUGCCACAGACCCUCCGACCAUUCUCUGAUGAAAAUUGGGGUGUCCUGUCCUGUUAUAGGACCAGACCCGGAAAAGGGGGGCACUUGGAGUGUCUUCCUUAUGCCCCUUUCUUUCUUUACCCAUAUUUAUAUUUAUAUAUAUGUGUGUGUGUGUAGGGACGCGGGUGGCGCUGUGGGUAAAACCUCAGCGCCUAGGACUUGCUGAUCGCAUGGCCGGCGGUUCGAAUCCCCGCGGCGGGGUGCGCUCCCAUCGUUCGGUCCCAGCGCCUGCCAACCUAGCAGUUCGAAAGCACCCCCGGGUGCAAGUAGAUAAAUAGGUACCGCUUAACAGCGGGAAGGUAAACGGCGUUCCGUGUGCUGCGCUGGCUCGCCAGAUGCAGCUUGUCACACUGGCCACGUGACCCGGAAGUGUCUGCAGACAGCGCUGGCUCCCGGCCUAUAGAGUGAGAUGAGCGCACAACCCUAGAGUCUGGCAAGACUGGCCCAUACGGGCAGGGGUACCUUUACCUUUUUUAUAUGUGUGUGUGUAGUGUGUAUACACACACACACACACACACACACACACAUAUAUAUAUGCUUGAAAUCUACCGCAUCUCCCUCUAUUUUCUCUUCCUUCACUCUCCCCCCCCAAAAUAUAUGUAUAUGUGUGUGUGUAUGUAUAGAGAUAUAUAUAUGUAUAUAUAUAGAUAUGUGUGUGUGUGUGUGUGUGUGUGUGUGUGUGUAAAUUCACUUGAAAUCUACCGCAUCUCCCCCUAUUUUCUCUUCCUUCACUCUUCCCGACCCCAAAUAUGUUUGUGUGUGUGUAUAAAUCCACUUGAACUCUAUCCCCUUCUCCCGCUAUUUUCUCAUCCUUCACUCUUCCCCCCCGGAAAAAAAUAAUAAUAUAUAUAUAUAUAUGUAUAUAUAUGUUUGUGUGUUUGUUUAUAUAUAUGCUUGUGUGUGUGUGUAAAUUCAUUUGAAAUCGACCCCAUCUCCCCCUAUUUUCUCUUCCUUCACUUUUCUCCCCCCUCCCAAAUCGGCUGGCAUCUCCCCCUUCCCCCCUUCCCAGGAUGCCCCCCCGACCAUUCUCCUUUCUUUUCCUCCCCCCCCCCCAUAAAUCAUGCAGGGCAUGUUUGGACGGGGGGCCAAUUCCACUAUAAAUGGUUCAUUUUCCUCCCUUUGAAGGAUCCUUCCUUCCUCCUUGGCCGCUCCCUUCUCCCCCCACGAUCAAUAAUCCCCCCCCCCCCGAAGUUUCAGUGCCCGCCUUGAAUAUUUUACAACCCCUCGGAUCAAUCGAAAGGGCCCCAUGCAAAUGCAAAGCCGGCCUUUUAUAUUGCGGUGGGAAAACCCAAAACAAAUAAUACCCCCCCAAUUGCAACCCCUUUAUUCUCCUUUUUCUUCCUUCUAUCCGGCUUCCCCCUCUCCGUCCGAAGGUCAUUCGAAGGUCCUUCUUAAUAAUAAUAAUAUUUUUUUUACUUAUAGCCCACCCUCCCCAGCCGAAGCCGGGCUCAGAGCGCCUGACAACAAGAAAACAACAUGAGAUAGGCUUAGGAUUUAAAUUUGUAAGGAUAGGAAUUAAGAUGUCUAAAGCCAGAUUAGAAAGAAUGAAAGAUGUUAAGUGAUCAAGAUAAUUUGAGAAGAUUGAUUUUGGAAAACUGUUAAAAUGAUAUAUAAUGAAAUUCAACCAGGGGGAUUUGAGGAAGUCACUUAACAAUGUUAUCAAGAUUGGUUUAAUUACAAAUAGGAUGUAUGUUUGUUUCAAAUUUUUUUGGACAAUUAAUAAAAAAAAUUGGGGAAAAAACCAAAACAACAAAAUAAUGCAUCGUUCUAAAAUCAAUUCAUUCUAAAAUCAGUUCAAAAUCAAAUUAAUGGCAAACAUUGGGCUAGAGUCCGGUGAGGUAUUAAAAGAGAGGGUCAGGCUGUGCCUUGGCCAAAUAUCGCAAUUGCACCCAAACCAGAUUUUUUGGGUUUGCAACCCUCUUAUCCCUUAGGAAGCGGGUGGCUGCAAAACUGGUUCCCCCCCCUCCAUGCAAGGAGCAAAGCAAUCAGAAUUGCUGCAAAAAAAAGCCCCAUUGCAAACCAGGCUGAUCCUCCAAAUUUUUUUCCAAAAAAAAAAAAAAAGAGAGAGAGAGAGAGAACGGCGCUGGAGAUUCUAUCCCUUUGCAAAUCGACAUUUAAUAAUAAUAAUAACAAUGACAACAACAAUAACCCCUUUCUCUUCCUUCUAUCCCGCUUCUCCCCCCCACCACUUCCAAAGGUCAUUCGAAGGUCCUCCUUGAGUCGCAAUUGCACCCAAACCGGAUUUUUGGGUUUGCAGCCCUCUUAUUCCCUUAGGAAGUGGGCGGCUGCAAAACUGGUCCCCCCCUCCAUGCAAGGAGGAAAGCAACGGAGACACGUUUGCAAUCGGAAUUGUUGCAAAAAAAACCCCAAAACCCAUUGGAAACCCUUUCAAGUUGAACUACUGAAAGAAAGGAACUUUUCCGUGGUAUUCUAAUUUUUCGAGUUUCACCUGCAUUCCAAAUUAGUCAUGAAAUUAUUCUGUCCCUUUGCAAAUUGACGUUUGCAGACCUUGAGACACAAGCAAUCAGAAUUGUUGCAAAAAAAACCUAAACCCCAUUGCGAACCAGGCUCCAAAUUUACGUUCUUUCUGUCGUUUGCAAAAGAGAGAGAGAGAGAGAGAGAAUCAGCGAUGGAGAUGCAGCCGCCAUCGAAAUUAUUCUUUUUUUAAAAAAAAAAAAACCAUUUUUGUUAAGUUUUCCAUUUUAACAAUCCAAUCUAAUCACAUGAAGUAUUCCAAAUUAGACCUGAAAUUAUUCUAUCCCUUUGCAAAUUGACAUUCAAUAAUAAUAAUAUUUUUUAUGUGUACCCUGCCCUCCCCAGCCAAGAGCGGGCUCAGGGCAGCUAAUGCCCAAUAGAAAAACCAAUUGGUUGAAAUGCAACUUAAAAACAAGAUUAAAAUACAACAUUAAAACAUCAAAACAUUCAAAUACGGCCUCGUUUCAAUGAAAACUUAAAUCAAAAACAAGUACUAUAGAAAUUCUUUUUUUUAAAAAAUCAUUUUCGUUCAGUUUUUCGUUUUCACAAUCCAAUCCAAUCACAUUAAGUAUUCCAAGUUAUACAUGAAAUUAUUCUAUCCCUUUGUAAAUCGACAUUUACAGACCUUGAGUGGUCUCCCCCCUCAACGCAACUCCCGAGUAGGGCCGGGGGAGGCCGGGCGGCUUGCGUUUCCGGCUGAAUUUCACCCAAUUUGCGGGGGGGGGGGGGGGAAUUUCCGUUGCAACUGGACUGUCUUCACUCACUUGAACCCGGGACCCUGUGGUCAUCUGGGGUCCCUCCUUUGCUCUCCUCCGCUAGUGGUCCAGACCGGGGGGGCGGGGGAGACAGGAGAAUGAAGCUGUUGUUGCGGCAACAGGAGAACAAGACUUUUUUAUUCUUGUGGCAACACUGAGCCUUUUCUUUUUCCUCCUCCUCUUCUCCUUCUUCCUCCUCCUCUUCUUCCUCUUGCCCUUCUUCCUCCUCCUCCUCUUCCCCUUCCUCCUCCUCCUCCUCCUCCUCUUCUUCCCCUUCUUCCCCUUCCUCCUCUUCAUCUUUUUCUUCUUCGUCUUGCAGCAACACGAGAACAAAUCUUUUCUUUUUCUGUUGUUGUGGCAACACUGAGCCUUUUCUCUUCUUCCUCCUCCUCCUCCUCCUUUUCCCCUUUUCUUCUUCCUCUUUCUCUUCUUCCUCCUCCUUCUUUUUCCCUUUUCUUCUUCCUCUUUCUCUUCUUCCUCCUCCUUCUUUUUCCCUUUUCUUCUUCCUCUUUCUCUUCCUCCUCCUCCUUCUUUUUCCCUUUUCUUCUUCCUCUUUCUCUUCCUCCUCCUCCUCCUUCUUUUUCCCUUUUCUUCUUCCUCUUUCUCUUCUUCCUCCUCCUCCUGCUCCUUCUUUUUCCCUUUUCUUCUUCCUCUUUCUCUUCCUCCUCCUCCUUUUU